UUAGCCCAGCCAACACCAAACGCCCAAUCCCACUAUAGCCUAAAAUUUCUAUAGUUAGGUAGAAGUUAGCCUCGUGAAAUCAGAUCUCAUCUCCCGAUCUGAUUUUCCCCUCGAAAUCGUUGGCGAGGACGAGGAUGGAGGCGGAGAUCGUGCGCUAUCUAGAGGUCGACGAGUCUUGCAUCUACGCCCCACUACCCAAAGCCAGUCCAUUUUUAUUCACAACACAAAAAUGGAGACCCCCACUAACAAAAAGGAAAGAUUUCUAAGAAUGGCACCAGGAAAUCGUAAAACUCAAAUUAUUUCAAAAGCUGCUCUACAAAGCAUGCUUAACCAAGCUGCCAAGGAUAGCUCAACCACUGCGUCAGCUCGUAUUGGAGUCAGAGAACAUCUUAACCAAUCAAAUGUGUCAUCUGCUGGAGUGACUGGAGCAAAUCGAACUACUGAAGUCCAUCAUGGUUCUUCCGGAGAAGGUGAUACAACAAAUCACACUAAUGAGAGUGGCAUUCCACAAACCCUUGAAGUUUCCAACCAAAAUCAAAAUUUGAAUGCAGCUGAAGGCUCAACUGGUAACCUUCAGGAUACAUCAGUCGCAGGUACAAUAUGUUCAUUACUUAGGAUAACUGUUGGAAUAUUUGGAGGUACAAUAUGUUUUUUACUUAGGAUAACUAUUGGAAUAGUUACUGUUUUCAGUGAAUAGUUGCUGUUUUUGUUAUUUUCGUUAUGUGAACUUUGCUUCUGUUGCUCCAGUGAAUAGUUAGUUGCUGUUGGUCUUAGUUGUUGUUGGAAUAGUUGUUUCUUCUAUUUUCUUUAUGUUGGACUUUGUUGAUGUUUACUUACUAAGACAUGUUUCCAUUUUCCCAUUUCUUAAUGCAAAAUUAUAGUCAUUAAUUAAUUCUUCUCGUGAAAUUGAAAAAAGAGACUUCUAAUCAAUACACUUGUCUAUACUUGUUGAGCUCAUCGUUAAUUAAUUGAGAUUCUCCUUUAAAUGGUUACUCUUGUACAGUAUUAUGAGCUAAAAGUAAAAGAAAAAAAAACUGAUAAAGGAUUUGAAACAAAUUAAUUUGGUUCUUCAUUGGUUUAUAUUUUGUUUAUAAUCCCAGUUAUCAAG